UAAGUUGCAUUCCCGAAUCCUCACUCGAGCCAAUUCUUUCAUCAAAGUUAGGAAUGUGGACAGUUCAAGAGCGAGGAUGUGCCGGGAUUUUGUGUCUUCCUUUGAUGGUCGCUGUUGUCUGCUGUGCACAAAGCGCGAACGAGCAAAGCAACAUGUCCUACGUAAAGGAGACCGUGGACAAAUUGCUGAAAGGAUAUGACAUUCGCUUAAGGCCUGAUUUUGGAGGUGCCCCUGUGGAUGUCGGGAUGAGCAUAGACAUCGCCAGCAUCGACAUGGUCUCUGAAGUGAAUAUGGAUUACACCAUCACCAUGUACUUCCAGCAGUCAUGGAGAGACAAGAGGCUGUCCUACACGGGGAUCCCUCUCAACCUUACUCUGGACAACAGGGUUGCUGACCAACUCUGGGUCCCUGACACCUACUUCAUAAAUGACAAGAAGUCCUUUGUGCAUGGCGUGACUGUCAAGAACCGUAUGAUACGCCUGCACCCAGACGGCACAGUGCUGUACGGCCUCCGGAUCACCACCACUGCCGCCUGCAUGAUGGACCUGAGAAGGUACCCCCUGGAUGAACAGAACUGCACCCUGGAGAUUGAAAGCUAUGGCUACACCACGGAUGAUAUCGAGUUUUACUGGCAAGGUGGAAGUGCAGUCACAGGAGUCGACAACAUUGAGUUGCCCCAGUUCUCCAUUAUAAAUUACAGAACCCUGUCCACAAAAGCGGUUUUUACAACAGGGUCCUAUCCCAGACUGUCGCUCAGCUUCAAACUCAAGAGGAACAUUGGCUACUUCAUCCUGCAGACGUAUAUGCCCUCCACCCUGAUCACCAUCCUGUCCUGGGUCUCCUUCUGGAUCAACUAUGAUGCGUCUGCUGCCAGGGUGGCCCUAGGUAUCACAACUGUCCUCACCAUGACUACCAUCAGUACUCACCUGCGGGAGACCCUGCCUAAAAUCCCGUACGUGAAGGCCAUCGACAUCUACCUGAUGGGCUGUUUCUUCUUCGUCUUCCUGGCUCUGCUGGAGUACGCCUUUGUCAACUACAUCUUCUUCGGACGGGGCCCUCACCUCCAGAAGAAAGAGGCAGAUAAGGCUGCCAAAACAAACAACGAGAAGGCCAGGGUAGAGACCAACAGGGUGCAGGUGGACGCCCACGGCAACAUCCUCCUCACCAACCUGGAGAUCCGGAACGAGAUGGGCGGUGGAGAGGUGCUAUCAGGCCUCGGCGACCCACGGACAACCAUGUUCUCCUACGACAGCGCCAGCAUCCAGUACCGUAGGCCCAUAGCCAGCCGGGGGGACCCAUACGGCCGCCCACCGCUUGAUCGAAGCACGGACCACCAGAAGAGUCGACUGCGGAGGAGGGCCACUCAGCUCAAGGUCAAGAUCCCCGACCUGACAGAUGUGAACGCGGUCGACAAGUGGUCCCGCAUCAUCUUCCCCAUUGCCUUCACGUUCUUUAACCUGGUCUACUGGCUUUACUAUGUGCACUAGUCCUUCACUGCAGCAGUCGAUUCCAACAUUGUUUUCUUUUUUUUCUCAGAAGGGGCAUAGUGUAAUAAAUUUGUGCAAACUGCAAAGCAUGAGGAGGCAUUUAGUCAGCUGUCUGAGGUCUGAUCCAAGGCCCUGUAUUUGAAAUAACUUAGUGAAGACUCAAAAUACACAUGGACUGUACAAUAUGACUUUGUGCCAAAUUUAACCAUGGUACGGUUAUGGAAAUUACUUUUACCCUGUUCUGUAGCUUAGCACCAUAGCAGCUUAUUAUAUUCUGCAUGCAAUGAACACAAUGAACAUGUCAGUCCUUUGACUACCUUAAAAAGGGCAGACAUAGUAAAUGACACAGAUGAAUGUUUUUCCUUCCCACUGGCAUUCCGUAACAAGGCCAACCCAGUUGUUAAAAGUGUUAUUAUGUGUUAAAUGCAAAAGGUACAGUGACACUAUUUUUCUUGUUUUUGUUUGAUACUCCAGCAUAGUGGAUUUGAGAUGAAUGAAUGAAUAACCAUUAAAAAUGGAUGGUUUUAAUUUGAGUUUAUUAUACAUCAAUUCUGGGUGAUCUGUUUAGGAAUUUCAGUCCUCUUUACACUGGGGGCAGGCUUAUGUGUGCUGGAGUACAAAAAUACAACAGAAAUGUCAGUCACUGUCCCAAUACUUUUGCAUUUAAAUAUUAGGCAGCCAAAACAUAAAUGCAUAUUUUUCAUAUGUAUCUAAAUUUAAUGUAAAAGUUCUAUAUACAGUAUCUAUAUGUUAAUAAUUGUGUUUUACUAUCAAUGGAAUUUUGCAAUAUCUUGCAACAGCUUCUGCACAAGAUGGUUGUAAGAUUUAUCAACUUAUGAAUAAUACACAUAAUGUAUAUGAUUACUUUGUGAGGGUACCCAGUCUGAAGCAGAGCUAAUUUGCAUGAUUAUAUUUCAUACGUGAUGUGAUAAAUUGCAGCUUCACCUUUGUGUCUACAUUAGGAACACGUAUGUACACACCUAUUUUGUGUUGCAAUUCUGACAUAAACAGCACUUUUUUGCUAUAGAAAUAACAGCAAUUCAACUUCGAAAAAGCAAAGAACAGACAAUCUUCCACCUUAUUCUUCACAUUAUUCAGAUGGGGGAAAGCAGAGAGGGUUGUUGAUAGAGGGGGAAUCACAGUGCGGAAGAUGUCAUUAUGGGGAAGCAAGGUCCGGGUCGCAGUGGAGCAUUCAUAUACGGGUUUAGAUUUGGCCACCCAGCACACUGUGCCAUACAGGUUCCCCCUGGAGUUCAUAUUUUUAUGACCUUAUUUCCCUUUUCUCAUUUAUAAUGAUCUUUAAAUUGCAUUUAAUUGCAAAUUGUAUAUUUGGAAUCAUUGAACCAGACCUGGGUCAAAUACGUACUUGUUUUGCAAGUAGUUUUCUAUGCUUUACUGAGCUUGUCUGGUGUAUUGGAACCUAUUAAAUACUCUCUCAGUGCAAACCCCACCUACUGGUCCCUUUGGAUGGCUCAAUUGCACCAGGCAAGAUCAA